ACUGGUGGGACUGGUGGGACUGGGGAGGAAUUCCUGCAACUAGCUGCUAGCGGCCAGAAACCGGCUGAAAUGCGCCGGGACGUGUGUGUUUAACAGUCGGAGCAGCUAACAAGCUAACAGUGGAAACACUAACACUGUCAGAUCUGGCGGCUCUGAGACGGGACGGGAUCCUGCAGAGCCACCAUGCUGUGCUGGGGCAAUGCCUCCUACGGACAGCUGGGCUUGGGGGGGAUCGACGAGGAGAUCGUGGUGGAGCCGAGGGUGUGCGAGUUCUUCCACGGCAAGCAAGUGUGUGACGUGGGGUGUGGCCGCCGACACGCCGCCUUCCUGCUGCAGGACGGGACGGUGUACACCUGUGGCUGCAACGACCUGGGCCAGCUGGGCCAUGAGAAGUCCAGGAAGAAACCAGAGCAGGUCGUGGCCCUGGAUGCACAGAUCAUAGUGGCGGUGUCCUGUGGAGAGUCACACACUCUCGCCCUGAAUGAUAAAGGGCAGCUCUUCUCAUGGGGUCUGGGCUCAGAUGGUCAGCUGGGCUUAAAUAACCUGGAAGAAUGUGUCCGUGUGCCUCGAAACAUCAAGAGUUUGUCAGAUGUACAAAUCACUCAGGUAGCCUGUGGGUAUUGGCACUCUCAUGCACUUUCAAGAGGAGGUCACGUCUUCUCGUGGGGCCAGAGUCGAUAUGGACAACUUGGGCUAGGAUUAAAGGGACAGAGCGUUUCCACGCCACAAAUCAUUCAGUCUCUGCAGGGCAUUCCUUUUGCUCAGAUAUCUGCCGGUGGUGCUCACAGCUUUGCCCUCACGCUCUCAGGAGCGGUGUUUGGUUGGGGGCGCAACAAGUUUGGUCAGCUGGGUCUCAAUGACACUAAUGAUCGAUGUUUCCCAUGUCUGCUGAAGUCUCUGAGGUCUCAGAGAGUGAUUUACAUCUCCUGUGGAGAAGAUCACACAGCAGCACUGACCAAGGAGGGAGGUGUGUUUACAUUUGGAGCGGGCGGAUACGGACAACUUGGACAUAACUCCACAAACCAUGAAAUCAACCCAAGGAAAGUGUUUGAGCUCAUGGGGAGUGUAGUUACGCAGAUCUCAUGCGGAAGGCAGCACACGUUGGCUUUCACACCCUCCUCUGGGAAGAUGGACUCAUUCGGGCUUGGCGGUAACGGGCAACUUGGUACACGCUCCACGUGCAACAGGAAAAGCCCCUCCCCUGUCAAAAACCCCUGGGUGGCUGGAGCACUGGCAGACUCAGAGAAGGGCUGUUGUGUCAAGAGGAUUUAUGCUGGAGGAGAUCAGAGCUUUGCUCACUACUGCACUGCCAAUAUCUUACAGAGCAGAGACGCUGUGAGGAAGCAAGAUCACCACGGCCGGAUUUGCACCUUAAAUGGAGAUAUCAUACACAAAUGGUUGAACCAUUCCCCAGGACGACUCCCGCUGGAAAUCUCCAAUGAGAUUGACCUCAUGUUCUCCUCAGCGAGCUGCCUCAAUGGAUCGUUUCUGUCAAUGAGUCAUCCAGAUCACUUCAAUACCAGCAGCAAAUAUUCAGGAGUGGAUAUGAACACAGCUCGCAUCCUGUUUCACCGAGCGAUCCAACAAGAUCACCCUGAGAUAGCUCAGCAGAUUGCUGCCAGUCUAGAAAAGCACUUAAUUCCCCGACUGAGCAACUCUCCUCCAGACAUCGAAGCCCUGAGACUCUACCUCACUCUUCCAGAAUGCCCUCUCUUCACUGACCGAAACAAUUAUGUGACCAUUGCCAUCCCAUUUGCCAAAUCGCUCCUCAGCCUGAAGGAGGCUCCACUUAAGGUGCUAGGAACGUGGUGGUCUGGGUUUGAGCCCAGAGUCUUUCAGCGGCUUGUCGAGGUGUACAAGGAGGUGGUGGUGUAUCUGCUUCAGAUGCACAAGGUGGGCAUUCCUUCAGUCGAGCAGAGAAUCUUCACCUGUUUCCUGGACACGUCCCUACGAUUCCUGGAGGUCCUGCAUGUGGUGAGUGAACGGGCCGGACACAUCAUUCAGUACGACAAAUUCUACAUCCAUGAGCUGGACGACUUGAUAGACAUCAGAAACGACUACGUCACAUGGAUUCAGAGGCAGAUGUACCCAAUGGGCCAUGAUGGUGUGGUGACUCUGUGCAGGUAUCCCUUUGUGUUUGAUGCCCAAGCCAAGACCACUCUGCUUCAAACUGAUGCUGUCAUACAGAUGCAGAUAGCAGUGGACCAGGCACAGAUGCAAAAUUUCAGCUCUAUGUUCCUGCCAGCAGUGGAAUCUGUCAACCCGUGCCUCAUCCUCAUCGUCCGGAGGGAAAACAUAGUCGGAGACACCAUGGAAGUCCUCGGGAAGUCCAAGAAUGUGGACUACAAGAAACCACUCAAGGUGAUCUUUGUAGGAGAAGAGGCGGUCGAUGCCGGGGGCGUGAGGAAGGAGUUCUUCCUCUUGAUCAUGAAAGAGCUGCUGGAUCCCAAAUACGGCAUGUUCCGUUACUACGAGGAGUCCAGGCUCAUCUGGUUUUCAAAUAAGACCUUUGAAGACAUUGACUUGUUCAACCUCAUCGGGGUCAUCUGUGGUCUGGCCAUCUACAAUCUCACGAUAGUGGAGCUCAACUUCCCCGUGGCCCUUUACAAGAAGCUUCUGAAGAGGAAGCCGACGCUCGAUGACCUGAAAGAGCUAAUGCCAGAUGUGGGAAGGAGUCUACAACAGUUACUGGACUACACAGAAGAUGACCUCGAGGAAACGUUCUGUUUGAACUUCACAAUCACUGAAGACAACUAUGGGGCCACAGAGGUGUUGGAACUCGUACGGAAUGGCGAAGACAUCAAUGUAAAUAAAUCGAACAGGCAGGACUUUGUCAGCGCCUAUGUUGACUACGUCUUCAACACAUCCGUGGCCCCUCUGUUUGAGUGCUUCUAUGCAGGCUUUCACAAAGUGUGCGGUGGAAAAGUCUUAGAGCUGUUCCAGCCAAACGAGCUACAAGCCAUGGUCAUUGGCAACACCAACUAUGACUGGACGGAGCUCGAAAAGACUACUGAAUACAAGGGAGAGUACUGGGCAGACCAUCCCACCAUCCGACUUUUCUGGGAGGUGUUCCACAGUCUUCCUUUAGAGAAGAAAAAGAAGUUCCUCUUGUUUCUCACAGGAAGUGACCGCAUACCCAUCCUGGGCAUGAAAAACCUGAAGCUGGUGAUCCAGCCCACCGGUGGAGGGGAGCACUAUUUACCUGUGGCCCACACCUGCUUCAACCUGCUGGACCUGCCCAAGUACAUGAGUCUAGAAACACUCCGAAAGAAGCUCCUGCAGGCCAUAGAUCACCACCAAGGCUUUAAUCUCGCCUAAAAUUAGACAGAAAUGCCUAGAACUCCAUGUCAAGACUGUUGCUGGCUUCCACAUUUUUCCAAAUUGUUUUACAGACUUGAACACUGGUUGGAAAGAUGAGACUACAUGACACUAGAAAUGAUAGAGUUGGAUAUCUGGGCUUACAUAUUAAUGUUGAGUUUGAUUUUCCAGCUUGUUUUUCAUGCCACCACAGUAUUUGAUGCUUAUUACAAGUUGAAUCACAUUUGAUACUGCUCCUGUAUAUAUUCUUUUAUUCAUGUUUGGAUACGACGAGUACGAUGAGGCAAACUACUGGGAUAUACUUUACAGGGCAUGAAGACAGCAACAUAAACGCCUGUAAAAUAUGAUGACAUGAAGCAGCACUACCUGUUAACUAACCGUUUUGUUUUUAACAUUGCACAAAUAAUUCAGAAACACUGGCCUCAAAAUGACCAGAGUUAAAUCUAUAAUAACCUUAAACGGUGAUGACAUAAAGACAUUUUAAUCUCCACGGUGUAGUAACUGCUCAGACUGUAUUUUACAGGAGUUAAUGAUGUUGUGUCCACUCCCUGUGCAUUUGAUGUUUGAGCCCAGACAAUGUUAACUUUCUCUCUUCAUGCUAGGUUCUAUUGUGGCAUUUGAUUGAGAGCAUUGCGAAGUGUUUGCUUUAGAUACAGUGUGAUUUCUUGGCUGUGAGCCUUAAAACAAUCCACAAAUUAAAAAAACAAAGCAGAGCCACUGAAAUAAACAAGUUACUUUGGGGAUAAAA